CGCGGCAGCCCUGGGAUUUUGCAGCCUUUGCAUCUAUCUCUCCAGCAGCAGAGAGAGAGACAACAGCGAGGGAGAAGGUCACCGCAGACUAGACACAAACACGCUGUUGCUCUUGCAAAAGGCAGAAGGAAAGAGGAAUAAAGAUGUUUGGCUUCCACAAACCGAAGAUGUAUCGGAGUUUAGAAGGUUGCUGCAUUUGCAGAGCCAAGUCUUCCAGUUCUCGGUUCACCGAUAGCAAGCGUUAUGAAAAGGAUUUCCAAAAUUGCUUUGGUCUGCAUGAGGCCCGCUCAGGAGAUAUUUGUAAUGCAUGUGUGCUGCUUGUGAAAAGAUGGAAAAAGCUGCCCGCAGGAUCAAAAAAGAAUUGGAAUCAUGUGGUGGAUGCAAGGGCUGGACCAAGUAUUAAAACAACACUGAAGCCAAAGAAGAUGAAGACUCUUCCUGGCAGCAGGAUGAAAAGCAAUCAGAUUAGCAAACUGCAGAAAGAGCUGAAGCGACAUAAUUCUGAUGCCCACAGCACCACCUCAAGUGCCUCUCCUGCCCAGUCACCCUGCUAUAGCAACCAGUCAGAUGAUGGCUCAGACACGGAGAUGAGCCCUGGUUCCAGCCGCACACCUGUUUUCUCCUUCUUAGAUCUUACGUAUUGGAAAAGACAAAAAGUUUGCUGUGGCAUUAUUUACAAAGGCCGCUUUGGAGAAGUCCUUAUAGAUACUCAUCUCUUCAAGCCCUGCUGUAGUAACAAGAAGUCUCCAGCUGAGAAGCCUGAACCACAAGGGUCCCAGUCUCCAACCAUCUCCAACCAGGAAGAGUGGUGACUUCCAUAUCUAAAUGCAAACGGUGUAAAUGGAACCUCUUGCUCUCUUGAAAGGCUUGAAAGUGACCUACUCCUCACUCUGGAGGUCUGCUAUGCUGCCAAAAGACUUUAGUUUUUACCUUGAACUGUUUUAAGAAUUUUUUUUACUGCAUCAGGUCCACUAAUUCAGAAACCUGUUCAUAUCUUUUCAGAAAAUACUGUAAAUAAUAUUUAAGAUACUCAAAAAUAGAUAGUUGAGCUGGACGCUUCUGCACAUUAUCUCUGUUCAGCCUUUUUCCUCCUACACAAUUUAUCCUCAACUGAAUGACAAUGAAGUUGGUAAAAUAUGUAUGUAGCAUUUAUUUCUGUCAGAGAAAUAAUGCUCACAUUUGGCAUGUUAAAAUUUUAUCCAGUCACUUUCUCUAUCUCUGAGGAAUAUAUUGAUUAAUACUCUAAGGUGUGAACUUUGGAUACUCAGUUUUGUAAAAGACUUCCCUACAAUGUAUAUGUUGUAAAAGUGGGAAGUUCUGUCUUACUACUGAUGUUUCACCUGUCCUGAACCUCACUUAUCUCUUGUAGUGGAAGGAGGAAACAACAAAGCUUGGACUGCCUGUGCUGGUUGGGGGAUUUUUUGAGCUGUCCAAAAAUUAACUUUUCCAAAUUCAGAAAAGGUUUGUAUAGAAAUUUAUAGAGGGCUGUGACUAGGUUUAGGCAAAGCUUCAAGUCCGGUCAAAUCAGGGGUGUGGAAGGGGAAUGCUAACAGGUUUUUCUUAGUUUCAGAUCAAUUGCAGUCCUGUACCAUGCAGUAAACCUUACCUCACAGAUAGUCAGAUAUAAAGUUGCUCAGUAAGUGGAUGCUUUCCUGUCACUUUCUCCUAUAAUUCUGUACUCAUGCAGAUUGAUAAGAAUAGAGUAAAAAUUAAUAGUUGAACUAAUGAAUUGCAUCCCAGAGUGGAAACAGCAGUCUGUUAACUAUUGACAAGGUCACGGGAAGCUUAUGUGGCCUGUUUCGUAAUUUCAUCCCAGCAGUUGAAUGAAAAUAAUAUGAUAAUAGAGCUUACUUUUGACAGGAAGCCAUGCUAAUAAAAACUCAGGUUUAAGACUACUCUUAUUUUCUUUGGAUUCUCUGCCACAUUAAUGUGGUUGCAAUAGAAAUUGUGAUACCUCCCCUGCACUUUUUCCUGUCCUCAUUUAAAAGGUGUGGUCCCACUCUAGGUUGCUCUAGGUUUGUGCUGCAUCUCUUAACAAAAGGAUUUCAGGUCAAUGUUGGCAGAGAUCCUACAUGUGCAAGUAGUUCCCCACACAGUUUGUGUCUUCCCACCAUCCAUGGUCUGUCAAAUUCUGGGAUAAACCUCUGCUAAUGUCACUUGAGGAAGAGAGGGAAGGGGGAGGAGGUAGUUUCAGACUAUAGAAAAGCAGCUGAUCUCAGCUGGGGGGAGAAAUUGGGGUGCACUUUCCAGUGAAGUGCACUGAACUUUUCUUUCCCCUGGGAACCUAAAGCAGCAGGAUUUUCACGGCCUGAAUUGCCUUCUUCCCCUUUCUGAUGGUAAAAAGGCAGAGCAGCAGUCUUUCCUGGGGUCUUAUUGCUGCAGGCCAGUGGUAAGUUUUUGUUUGGAGCACAAGAGCAAGAGAAAGUGCUCCCAGUUUCCCAUCUAGAAAGAGACUUGCACAUGCAUAAAUUACUAAUAGGAUGUUAGCUGCUGCCUGUAAAACUUAUGCACAAACAACUUUGGCAUUUCCCUUCCCUUUUGCAACAGCAGUGACAGGCUUCCCUGAUGUGGGGUCCCCUCCAGAUAUGUUGGAUUACAACUCACUAUCCCAAUCCAGUGGCUGGACAUGAUAGGAUUUGCAGUCCACAUGUUUGGAGGAGUCCUCCGGUUGGGGAAGCCCAAACUAUUGUGUUGCUUUUUUAAAAAAGAUUCUCUCAAAAACUGGUUUCGUUUGUCAAAUGCCCAUUUACAUGUUUCCUAGGAGCCAGCCCAUUGUGUAAUAAAUGUCCUUUAUUUUCAAUGACUUCUUGGUUCUGGAAACUGCAGUCUUCAAAGAUCUUCCUGCUAUAAUACUUUUCCUCUCUAUUUCCUAGAAGUGCCUUCGGUCUUUGCUCUUCUUUCUCACGAACUCGUCUUCCAAUAUAGAAUUACCCUGUUAAGUCUCCUUAUUGCAUAUUUGUCCUUACAGUACUCUCCCUAUCCUGCCUUUCAGUGUUUAUUAAUUUCACAGAUAUCUUAAAGGGAGAGUUUAUCUGGUUUCUCCCUAAUAACAAUGACAGUGGUAUGCCUAUCCUAGGAGUCCAGUUGUUUCCAUGAAUUUCCAAUUUAGAUUAUGAGUAUGAUAGGAAAUGCUUUCUGGGGACACUUUUCACUGUAGUAAUGGUUAUAAGUUCUAGUAGUUGGAGUAAUUUUUAAAAAAAUUUAAGCAAGUGAAAGGGCUAGACUCUCUUGUUCUCAUGUUGAUGGUCUAGUUGGUCCAAGAAAGGGUUCUGUUAGAUAUAAUGGGUGGAUGUGCUCCUGCUAUUAGGGGUCAAGAUAAUGGCCUUCUGGCAUAUGUGAAUAUGUUGCUUUGUUUCAUAUACUUUUCAUUACUCCUUUUUUGAAUAGCAUAAGAACUUCCACUUUUUUGCAGUGCACUACUAUAGACAGGCCUGUGCGGUUUGGAUUGUUGGUUUGUUUGUUUUUUUCAACAAUUUUUGUUGCGCUAUGAAAUCAGUUGAUGUGAUGUGUCAGGAAAAAUUAAAUCUGAAGUACUGUCUUCUGACAUUUUUAAGGGUUCCCUAAAUACUUUUUCUCCUCCAUCCCUACCCCGCUUUCAUUUGUAAAUAGGAGAAUUGUUCUAAAGGGAGGAUAAAAUAGAUCUUUCUUGUAACUGACUAGCUACUUGGCAGUUUUGCUGGGCUGGUAAUCUCUGAAGGAUACAUGCAAUACAUUUGUCAUCUCCUUAUUGGAUUAGACUUUUUAAAGGGGUAAAUGGUUCUGGGCAUUUAACAGCUGCAAUAUGAAACCAUGUACUAUAAUACGGAUCAUCUCUUCUACUUCUGUAUUUAUUUAUUUAUUACAACAACAGCAGACUGUCUUCCUCUGCCUCCUCCUCCUCCCUCCGUAGUAAUACAAGAUGAACUGUAUGUAGUUAUGCACUUUGUAUUAAGGUAGUAGAAACCUAUGGAACCUGUUUUUAUAAUUUUUUAUAUUGUUCAUACAUUUGUAAUCCAAGCAUUUUUUAAACUAGAGUAAUGAAUAAAAUUUUUAGACUUGUUUAGAAAAAUAA